AUGUACGCCAAGGGGGGCAAGGGCUCGGCCGUGCCCUCCGACAGCCAGGCCCGCGAGAAGUUGGCGCUGUAUGUGUACGAGUACCUGCUGCACGUCGGUGCCCAGAAGUCAGCCCAGACCUUUCUGUCCGAGAUCCGAUGGGAGAAGAACAUUACGCUGGGGGAGCCCCCAGGCUUCCUGCAUUCCUGGUGGUGCGUGUUCUGGGACUUGUACUGUGCAGCACCUGACCGCAGAGAGGCGUGUGAGCACUCGAAUGAGGCCAAGGCCUUCCAAGACUACAGUGCUGUGGCGGCCCCCAGUCCUGUGAUGGGGAGCAUGGCCCCCAACGAUGCGAUGGCAGCAGGCCCCAUGGCCCCCAGCUUCUUCCAGGGCCCCCCUGGCUCCCAGCAACCCCCCCACAAUCCCAACGCCCCCAUGAUGGGGCCUCAUGUUCAGCCCUUCAUGUCACCGCGGUUCCCAGGGGGCCCCCGGCCCACCCUGCGGAUGCCGAGUCAGCCUCCUGUGGGGCUCCCCGGCUCCCAGCCCCUCCUCCCUGGCGCCAUGGAACCCUCCCCGCGUGCUCAGGGGCAUCCUAGCCUGGGCCCGAUGCAGAGAGUGACACCUCCACGGGGCAUGGCCAACAUUGGACCCCAGAGCUAUGGAGGUGGCAUGCGGCCCCCACCCAACUCCCUCGCCGGCCCGGGCCUGCCCACCAUGAACAUGGGCCCUGGAGUGCGAGGCCCCUGGGCCAGCCCCAGUGGAAACUCGAUUCCCUAUUCCUCCUCCUCCCCCGGCAGCUACACGGGACCCCCAGGAGGAGGUGGGCCCCCUGGAACACCUAUCAUGCCCAGCCCUGGAGACUCCACCAACUCCAGCGAGAACAUGUACACCAUCAUGAACCCCACUGGGCCGGGCGCCAGCAGGGCUAAUUUCCCGCUCGGCCCUGGUCCCGAGGGCCCCAUGGCGGCCAUGAGUGCGAUGGAGCCUCACCACGUGAACGGAUCCCUGGGCUCGGGCGAUAUGGACGGGUUGCCGAAGAGCUCCCCCGGCGCCGUGGCCGGCCUGAGCAACGCCCCGGGCACCCCGCGGGACGACGGCGAGAUGGCGGCCGCCGGGACCUUCCUGCACCCGUUCCCGAGCGAAAGCUACUCGCCCGGGAUGACCAUGAGCGUGUGAUGGGGCAGCAGCCCCUUGCCCACUGCCGGCCUCGGCUUCUGCCCAGUGCCCCUGCCUGGGACCAAGGUCCAGGGCCUGGGGCAGUCUGCUGGGUGAGGGUCUGAGGUCACACCUCGGGCGACUGUACUCCAUCCAGUUCAAGGAUUGGACAGCUGGGAGGCCCCACACGAAGGACUCUCAUUUUAUAAAAAAACAAAAACAAAAAACCAAAAAAAAAAAAAAAAAAAGCAAACACAAGGACCUCAGAGACGUUCUUUCCUGUAUAGGCCCUUCCCGCUAUUUCUAUUUUGUCCCCGGGGGAUUCUUGGGGACCUCCUUUCCCCUGCACAGCAGGGGUGGGCCCCAUCAAUAAAUGUAACUUGGUUUUGGUUUUUGGUA